CGUCUUUGCACUUUCAUGUUUGGACUUUUUUUUCUUUCUCCUUUUCCUUUUCCAAAUUGAACUCUUUCAUCUUCAUCUUCUUCCCUCGAUUCGUCUUCUUCACCGUAAACCAUUUCUCCAACUCUCCCGCCUCCCAAAUUCAUAAUCCUUGCCGCUGAUUUUCGCUUUAAAUUUCAGAACCCUUUCUUCAAUUCUUACUUUUUAACCUAACCCACUAUUUCAAUUUUGCCUUUUUCGUGGGGAUUAUCAUUCAAUUUUGCAAAACAUCGAUUGUUCUCAAACUUUUAGUUGAUGGGCACAAUCAAAUUGUUUAGAGAAGCCUCUAAAGCCUCUUCCAAUCCUUCUCAUCCUUUACCGGUCACCUCCUCUACCGCUCGAUUCGAGACCGUUAAUGUUACGCAUGAUUUUAAGAUCAAUGGGUACUCCCUCAAUAAAGGUAUGGGAAUUGGGAAAUACAUUACAUCCGAUACGUUUCUUGUUGGUGGGUACGAAUGGGCUAUCUAUUUCUAUCCCGAUGGCAAGAGUAUGGAGGACAACGCCGCGUAUGUCUCUAUUUUCAUAGCCUUGGUCAGCGAUGGCGCCGAUGUUAGGGCUCUUUUUGAAUUGACACUUUUCGAUCAGAGUGGAAAAGGGAAUCAUAAGGUUCAUAGCCAUUUUGAAAGGAGGCUCGAGAGCGGUCCAUACACCCUCAAGUAUCGUGGAAGCAUGUGGGGUUAUAAGCGUUAUUUCAAAAGAACUCUUUUAGAGUCAUCAGAUUACCUUAAAGAUGAUUGCCUCUCGAUUAAAUGUGUUGUUGGUGUUGUUAAAUCACAAACGGAGGGACCUAAAAUCUAUUCUAUAACACCACCUCUCUCCAGCAUUGGCCAGCAAUUUGGGAAGCUUUUGGAAAGUGGUAAGUGUGCUGAUGUCAAUUUUGAAGUAGAUGGUGAAAUAUUUGCAGCCCACAAGUUGGUCAUUGCAGCCCGUUCACCUGUAUUCAGGGCACAACUUUUUGGCCCAUUGAAGGAUAAAGAUACUCGAUGCAUAAAGGUUGAAGACAUUGAGGCUCCUGUAUUUAAGGCGUUACUUCAUUUCAUGUACUGGGACAAUCUACCAGACAUGCUUGAGCUUGUUGGUGCAAACUCUAAGUGGGCAUCAACUUUGAUGGCUCAACAUCUUCUUGCAGCUGCAGAUCGUUAUGCAUUAGACAGGCUUAAAUUGCUUUGUGAGGCUAACCUCUGUGAAGAUAUUGCCAUAAAUACUGUGGCAACUACAUUAGCUUUAGCUGAGCAGCACCAUUGUUUCCAAUUGAAAGCUGCAUGCCUCAAAUUUAUCGCCAUGCCUGAAAACUUAAAAGCCGUGAUGCAAUCCGACGGGUUCGAUUAUCUCAAAGAAAGCUGCCCUGCUGUUCUUACUGAGCUACUGCAAUAUGUAGCAAGAGUUACCGAACACAACGUCCUUACUUCUGGGUUUGGAAAUUUGACCUUUUUAGAUGGCAGCGAUCUGAAUGGAAGGCGUGUGAAGCAAAGGUUAUAUUGACUACGUUGGAAGCAAAAGAAAACACAGGGAAACCAUUGACCUAUUUAGGAAUUAGACAAUUUUUUUUCUUCCUGUAUUCAAUUGAUGCCCUAUAAAUUAUUCUUGUAUGAAUUAUAAAUUUAGUGUUCCUAUUUUGUUGGUUGUCUAUUUAAAUGAAAUGAAGUAAACAUUGGCAAGGUCUGUGGUUUUAGUUUGUACAGUAGUCUUUGUAAGCUCCCCCUACCCUGAACAAGAAAAGAAAAGGGUCAACUAUUGAGAGAUUAUGCCGAGAAAAUUUAGGAAUAUUUGGUCCCUUCAACUAUGUUUUGGACAGUGAAAUGCCCUGUUAAUGUUGAACUUCUAUUGUAUUUUAAGGAAAUAUCGAUUUGUUCAUAUGAAAGUGCAUAUAAUUUUGAUUUU